CUCGUCGCGUUUUAGGCGCAGCCCACGUGACCCACUUCAGGUGUCAAAAUGGCGGACGACUGGGAGAAGGAAGACUAUGAGCCUCCUUCCUUCGCCAAAAAGCCUGCUGUCGGUGACAGAUGGGAGGGCGAAGAUGAGGAAGACGUGAAGGAUAACUGGGACGAUGAGGAGGAGGAGAAAGAGGCGACACCUCCCGCUGAAGCUUCAUCAACGUUGGUUGCCCCCAAGAAGAAGAAGCCGCUGAGCCAGAUCAUCCAGGAGAAAGAGGAGCGGAGGCGACGGGAAGCUGAGGAGAAACGGGCGCGCGAAGAACAGCAGCGAGCUGCCCUGACACCAGAGGAGGAGCAAGCUGAGAAGCUUAGGCGCCAGCGCAUGCAGGAGGAAGCGGACUUGCAGCUAGCGAAGGAGGCCUUUGUUGGCCCAGCAGGUGACCCUGGGCUUGACGGACUCUGCCCACUGUCUUUGGUUCCUGGAUUAACGGAGUCAGAUGGCAUUGACAGUCUUCAACCAGUGACAAGGGACGACUUUGACAACCUCCGCAAGGCCUUGGCAGCCAAGCUAACAGCAUGCGAAAGGUCGCCUCACUACGUGGGCUUCCUGGAUGACCUUCUCAGAGACCUCAGCCUCAACAUGGAAUCUGAAGAUGUGAAAAGGCUGUCCAGUUCCCUCAAUGCCGUUGCCAAUGAAAAGGUCAAACAGCAAAAGCUGAAGCACAAAAAGAAAGGAGCCAAGAAGGGAGCUAGCCUGAAUGUUGGAAAGGAUGAUGGCCUAGUUAAUCUGGAAGAUUACGGCAAUGAAUACGACGACUUCAUGUAGCAUUGGCUACCUGUCUAGUUAUUUAUCCAUUCUGUUUAUACUGCUACUGCAAUAAAAGGGCUUUUCUAAGAGAA